GCAUUGGGAACGAAAGAUUGCCUCGUGCAGAAGGCGCCCUGUGGGAGGCCUGGGGCCUCGACGAAGACGAAGGACUAGAUUUGACGAGGAGAAGUUUGGAAACCGGCUGCUUGAUCGAUCGAUCGUCGGUACUAGGUUUACGAUUCCGAGAUAGUUAGAUCAGUGCCACUGCCAGCGAUUUUGCGCGAGCCAGGAAGAGCGAGAGGAAGAGAAAGCGUGUUCUCUGUGGGAGCUUGUUGAGUUGAAAUUACUUGAUUCCCCGGGGGAAGCAGUUGAUUUCACUCUUUUGCGUCUGUGUUGUAGCUGGAGAAGGCAGAGGGUUAUCGGUCUCGUGUCAGAAAUGACGAGAGGUAAUCAAAGGGAUCGUGAUAGGGAGCGGGCCGCAGCGCGAGCUGGAGGCUCUAAGGCUAAGAAUAAGGAAGACGGUCUGACUCCGGAGCAGCGCAGGGAGCGCGACGCCAAGGCCCUGCAGGAGAAGCUGGCCAAAAAAAGUUCUCAAGCUGGGGGAGCCACAGCCGCCCCACCCAACCCUAAGUCAACGAAAAAAUGAAAGGGUUUUACAGGCGUUGUGGCUUUAAUAUACUAGUACUGGACCUGCGUGCUUGGAGCGUAUACAUCUGGUGAUCAUGAACGAAGUAGGAGGUUUGAGAGCUCUUGGAAGCCUUUGAACUUCAGGGAACGGAAUCGCCAGAUGCCACUGUUGGCACUUGAAUUGGAUUGGCAAGGUUUCUUUCACUAGAUUCUUCUUUACGAUUAAGGCUAAAUCUGAAUCUUGCGACUUUGAACCAGACUUUCUCAGGAAAGGCUCCAUUCUUUGUCUCAGCAUCAUGAAGGGGAGUAAUCUUCUGCGCAAGCAUUGAUACGGCGAGCGGUUCAUCUCGAUGAGAAGAUGAUGUGCCAUCCAGUACGGAGAUAGUGCACCUCGUUGUACGUUUUGUCAUUAUCUAUUCGGAACCUUUUCCUGCACUGUCCGUCAGCUUCACAUCAGUCGCCUGUAUGGACAUACUCCUUGGUAAACAUGGUAUAUGCUGCUCUCUCGGCUCAACGCUGCUGAACAGUUAUGUUCAAUUUGAGUGUCGGAAUGCUUGUACUAAUGUACCGUCAUUUUCACAUGUAGUUUUCUCCGAUUCUAGACUAGAUGCACUAGUAUCCAUACAACAGUCGCCUUCAACUUGUCCGCUGCUUGAGGUCAUGUCAAGUUGUUUGUGGACAGUAGUCCUACCUUUGCUUCGUGUGCGCAACAUGCAAGCCCGCCAAAGUCAUUGCAGACUUCGAUCAAUGUCGGCCUUGCCCUUGAUCAAGAAGCGUAGCCCGCAGCUACUUUGUCUCUUGUAAAAGACGCCCGAACGGUGAUCGUACAAAUUGACUCAGUUGUAAGCUGUUGAACAUACGGAAUACAAACUUGUCUUCUCUGAAACAUGAAUCAUCUCUGCAU